AUGGCUCAGAUUGUCGUUUUUAUUUUCAUGCUCGUGAUGGCUGCUGUUUCAGGACACCUUUUUAGCAAGAAGCCAGGUUGUUACAAGCCAGUGCCCAGGAAUCCCAAUUUUGGGGUGAAAACCGCACUUCGUCCUCAUGAACUUCUGAACCUGGCUGAGCUGCCGAAGUCCUGGGACUGGCGGAACGUAAAUGGCGUCAACUAUGCCAGUGCAACUCGUAACCAGCACAUCCCUCAGUACUGUGGCUCCUGCUGGGCUCAUGGCAGCACCAGUGCAAUGGCAGAUCGUAUCAACAUAAAGCGGAAAGGCGCAUGGCCAUCUGCUUAUAUUUCUGUCCAACACGUGGUCGACUGCGCUGACUCCGGCACCUGUCAUGGAGGAGACCAUGGAGGGGUGUGGGAGUAUGCCCACAAACAUGGUAUCCCUGAUGAGACCUGCAACAACUACCAGGCAAUUGACCAGAAAUGCAAACCUUUCAACGCAUGUGGAACUUGCACCACUUUUGGAAAAUGCAACAAUGUGCGUAACUACACCUUAUGGAAAGUAGGUGACUUUGGAGCCAUUAGUGGACGGGAUAAUAUGAUGGCAGAAAUCUACAGUGGUGGACCAAUCAGCUGUGGAAUCAUGGCCACAGAGAAACUAGACGAGUACACCGGGGGUCUGUACUCCGAGUACGUUGAGAGUCCUGACAUCAACCACAUUGUGACAGUAGCUGGCUGGGCUGUUGAAAAUGGCACUGAAUACUGGAUUGUGCGCAACUCCUGGGGAGAGCCAUGGGGUGAGAGAGGCUGGCUCAGGAUUGUGACAAGUGCCUACAAAGGAGGAAGUGGAAGCAAAUACAAUCUAGCUUUGGAGGAAGACUGCAUGUAUGGAGAUGUGAUUGUACCCUCAUCCUACUUAUAA